AUGCAGGGCGUUUGUAUGGCAUCGGCUAGUGAAGUGGCAGCGGCGGCUGCUGCUGCCGCUGCCGCCGAAGCAGCCGCCAAAUCGAUGGACUACGAGUACGACGACGACGAGUUCGACAUGGAGGCCGAAAUGUUGCGUCGCGAAUUCCGGGAGGCGUCCCUGUUGGCCAACGGCGACGGCGGCUCGGUGUGCGGCUCGGCCGCUGUCAAUCCAGCCGUGCUUGAACCCAGCAGCCAGACACAGGUGGACCUGACGGUGGACCGCCGGCCGACCGCAUCCGCAGUAGUUCAGCCGCCACCGCACCAGCUGCAACCGGCGGCCGCCGACCACUCUAGCGGCGGCUCGUCAUCGGUCGACUCGCGAGUGGCCGAAAUGGCGUACGCUUAUGGCAACCAGUCCGAGUACACUGCCGAAGACGUUCCGAGCAAACACUGCGGUAAGGCCUUCGCUGUCGUCAAGGCAGCGGCUGUGGCGUCUUCGGCGACCGCGGUUACCGUCAACAACAGCAACAACAACAACGACGACGAGUACCUGGUCGAACAACGUUUGUUAGGAAACGGCGCGGACGGCGGCGGCGGUGGCUGUACUGUUAACGGUAACUCACCCGAAUCGCCACCGCCGAAUGCCGAUAAUUGCUCACCGGAAGAUUGGGGCUUGGCGCCCGCCGCCGCCACUGCCACCGUCUCCCAGUAA